AUUUCUGUCGUUAAUACCAAUUGUAUACUUUCAGUUAGCGAUAACCCCAAACGCACAUUUCAUGCCAACUUUGUCACAAGUGUAAACGCGGAACUUGUCAGAUUUGGAGAGCUUCAGGCUCAUCGUCGAGUAUUGGGACUUAUCGGUGUAGCUUGUGCGCAGUCGUCCUCGGGUGGUGCAGUGAGGAGAUCGACAUCUUCAUCGCUUGAUGAUCAUGCGCUGGCUCCUGUGGCUGAGCGUCGACGCUCAUCCUUAAGUGGCGGUUCAACUUUGGACGAACUUCGAAGUAACUAUGAAAAAGUCAAGAACGAUUACGCUCACACACUCGUAGAUAGCCGCUGUAUUUUGCUAGGAUAUGAUGAGGUAUGA